AUGGCGCGCGUAGCUCACAAGGCAUCGUCUUGGUGGGAUAAAACGCUGGUUGUCUACGCGCGGUGUGGGCAUUUGGAGGAAUCGAGAAGGAUAUUUGAUGCAUUGCCGGCCAAGAACAUCGCGUCGUGGACGGCGCUCGCGACCGCGUAUGCCGAGAGUGGGCAUCCGGGGGAGGCCAAGGCAGCGUUCGAUCGAAUGGCGGUGUGGGACGUAGUUUCCUCCACUGCGAUGGUCAAGGCGCUGGGCGAUUGCGGGCGGAUUGGAUCAAGCAAGGCGGUGUUUGAUGUGAUGCCCGAAAGGAACUGCAAGACGUGGGCGACGCUGCUGCGGGGAUUUGCUCGCGGCGGAGAGAUUGGGCGAGCGAGAGAGGUGCUGGAUCGGAUGCCCGAGACGAAUGUGGUAGCGUGGACGAUCCUCGUGCAGGGAUUCGCGCAGCGCGGGCGAGUGGGUGAUGCGAAGGCCGCGUUUGAUUCCAUGCCCGAGAAGAACAGCAUCACUCGCGCGGUGAUGCUCGUCAUGUUUGCGGAGAAUGGAUUCAUGGAGGAGGCGGAGGAUGUCUUCCAGGAGAUUGUCCACCGAAACGCGAUCCUCUGGGGGGCGAUGCACUGCUGCUAUGCCCAAAAUGGGGAUUUGAUUCAAGCCAAGAGUUUGUUUGAUAGGAUGCCUCAGCACAGCGUACUUUCGUGGACGAUUAUGAUCAAGUCAUACGCGAAAAACGGUGAUGCUGAUCAAGGAAAACAAUUGUUUGAAAAAAUGCCACGCAGAGAUCUUGUUUCAUGGAACGCGAUAAUCGCUGUUUAUGCCCAGAGAGGUCGUUUCAAAGAGGCGAUCCGGGCGUUUUCUUUGGUUUGCUGCUGGGAUUCCUAUUCAUGGAACACAAUUCUAGUGGUAUAUGCUCUAGAUGCAAAUAUUCGUGAUGCUAAGAAAGCGUUCGAUGAGAUGCCAACUUGGAACUUGGUCUCCUGGAACACGAUUCUUGCAGCAUAUGCCCAAACCGGGCAUGCGUAUUCUGCGAUCCAGCUCUUUUGGGCGAUGUUUCUUCACGGCUUUGACCCCGACAAGGCAGCGUUUGCCAUCGUUUUGACGGCGUGUAGCCAUCUGGGGCUCGUCAAGGAAGCAGUAAGCUACUUCACGGCAAUGAGCUUUGACAAUGGAUUGGAUCCUUCGCAAGACCACUACACCUGCAUUGUUGAUGCUCUCGGACGACUAGGGCGAUUGAAAGAGGCCGAGGGUGUCCUAGAGAAUAUGCCUUUGCCAGCAGAUGGAGUUGCAUGGGCAACGUUUCUUACCGCAUGCAAAAACCACGGGGAGAUGAAUCGAGGGAUGCAUGCUGCGGAAUUUACGUGCCAGUCCAGCCUUUGCAGUGGGUUUGCUUUAGCCAGCAACGCGACCAAUGCUGCUGUUGUGAAUUUGAGCAGCAGCACUGCGCUUCUCCUGCUUCACAUCAGUGCCAUGCUAGGCGUGGCAAUCCAGAUUCUCAAGACCAUGCCGGUGAGAGUCUAUCAUGAGCUCCUGUUGAAAGUGGGAAGUCGUGGUGUGAAAAGCUUGCGUUUGAGGCGCGGGUGGAGAUGGGUCAUUGAUACCUCGUUCCCAUUGCCUUCCUUGUAUCCUAUCUCCCUCAUUGCCUCCCGACAUGCUUCAUAUGUUCUCCUCUCUGAGUCCCAUAUGUUAUCCUCUCCGCUGGGCCUCAGCCCAUUCUUGAUAUUUACGAAGGCUCCAUUGGAUGUUGAUACAGAGAAUUAA